ACCAGACCGUCCACUUAAUUUGCUGGACAACAGAGAGGCUCCCUUUGUACGUUGCUUCAUUUAAUGAGUAGGAUAAAUCACCUCCUCACUGCCGGGACGCAGAGCCUCUAUAUAAUCGCCUAACAGAGCUUUCGCUGGUGUAAACAAUUGCGGUGAGUGUAGCAGAAAGCGCAUGGACCACGGAGACUAGCGCACCGCACCAGCUCAUUUCCUUCCCAGUAAAUGACUGGGAAUGGUGCAACCGCUUUAUGAAGUGAGCCCGUGUUGUAUCCGAGCCAAGAUGAGCGCGAUAGUAAUCUGUUUGAUUACGAAGUGAUCCGUCUGUGUGAAAGACACAUUUUGUGUGCGUUAAUUAAGCGUCCAACGGGCUAAGCAUCUUCUCUUGCACGGUGGAUACCAUAUAAUCCUUCAAGACGGACGGCGUGGCGGAGCGAAGAGGGAGAAGGGCGAACAUGAGGGACAGGGACUUCAUGCCCAACAUUGAACGGGGUAAACCCGCCACAUACACGGGGGAGAAAAAGGCGAAAAUGGCUGCGAAGACUAACAAAAAGUGGGUGAGACUGGCCACAGUUUUCGCAUACGUGUUGUCUGUGUCUCUGGCGGCUAUAAUAUUGGCCAUAUACUACAGCCUAAUAUGGAAACCGACGUCUGCCUCCUCAUCAUUUGCGAGACCCAAUGCUGUGACCGUCGUCGCGGCGAAUACUACUGCGAACAUAACCACUAGUAGUGUGCCAAAUAAUACAAUGCACACAGGAACGCAGACGGACGCUAGUACACGUGACGACACGAGGACCAAGGCAUCACCAGUUACCAUCAGAACAGAGACGUCUGGGACCGAGGCAUUUCAGUGGGGGGAUAGUAGUAGUAAAAGUCCCACGGUUCCCGCAGACGACAAUACGGCCAAAACAGCGAUUGUCGGACCAACGAAUGGACAAGUGGUCUCCGCGCAAAGCUACGCAAUUACAAACAACAAAUUGGCAACUCCGACAGAAGUCAGACACGCGUCUCCAAGUGUCACUGGAGAGGAUUCAGCGAACUUGCCGACGCACGCAACCAGGGACCAAGAGGAGAAGUGGUGGACGUUUAGCUUGGUCUCUCCCGCUGUUGGAGUACAACAGGAGCCUGUGGAAGGAUCUGGGCUGGAUUCUAUUCAAGAGAGCCAAGCCACGGAUUCUUCUCGGAUGAGCGGAGUGACGCUCGCGGAAGCCUCGGCGGCUACAAACGCAGACCAACAGACUCUGCGCACAGACUCUACCUCUGACCAGGCUCAGGGUACAUGGGGACCGGUUACCUUUACCGAUGCACAACGUGAUUCGGAUUUAAUAACGGAAGGGUCCUCUAAUUUACCAGAGCAGAGGCGGGAGGAGCUAGUUCAAAUGGACAACGGAGACGCCUCAGCGAGAACUACACAGUCCUAAACGCACAUGCUUUUUUGGGCACCAUACAAACUGCGGUAUAGGGCCUAUUCAUAUAACACAUUAACGCUUUUGGAAAAUUAGCAUUAUAGCCUAACAUUCCAAUAUUUAAGUUAUGCCUUCAUUUGGUACCCUUAUUUGGAUUGUUGGCAUCACAACAUUUCUAUUGAUGCAUCUUCAAAUGUGACCCCAUAAUGUUGAGGAAAUUAACGAAAUAAUUUGACGCGUCUGGAUUGGGCUAAAGGCCUAUGUUUAAAUGUGUUGUUUACAUUGGACCUUAUUCCCAAUGAUAAGGGAGCCAUGAUACACAGACAGCCUAUAGCUAUUUAACGGGAAAUAGAUUUGAAUGAUCUAUCUUUAUAUGCUCUGUCCCAAGGUAAGAUGAUAUCAGGAAUGGAUUGGCAGAGGAAAAUAUGUAGUCCCUCUCAGGUAGCCUAUGUCCAUAACCUUACACAUUUAGCCGCAAGAUGCACUGUGUUUUGGUAUUUUCAGUAGGAGUAACAUUGUGCGCACCGACCUUUGUUGACGUUAUAGCCAAAUGUAGCCACUUUUUUUUUACAAUAUCCAUGUGCAAUAUGUAGCCUAUAUGAAGAGACAAAUAAAACAUUUUGA